AUGAAGGUAUUCGAAUCGCUCAACUGCAUUGUUUGCAAGGAACCGUUUGCUCGAGUUGCCAAUCAGCCUCGAUCUCCACGUCAUUUGUGUUGUGGAUUAGCCAUGUGCCAUGAAUGUUUCGAGAAAGAGCAGAUGUUGGCACAAAACGAGAGAAAACAUCAAUGUGUACCUUGUUAUCCUUCCACUAGUCCCAAUUUUGCCUACUUUUUGAUUGACGUUUUGUCACAAGAAAACGCUCUGAUGUUAACUCCAAUGGGAUAUGUGCUUGUGAAGCCUUUCAAAAUUCCGGAAUGUCCAAUUUGUCAGGAUGAAUGUCAGGAGACUACAUAUUCAAGUUACUGCGAAAUCAAAUGUCCAACUUGUAAUCGCUUCUCACCUGCUAAGUACACUGAUGUCAACAAACAGAAAGAUCGAUUUCAUGGCUUUUUAAAUGAGCUGCCCGAAAUGACUCGACAAAUGGAGGCAAUGACGAAAGCGCAUGCUUUCAUCAUUGCCGGCGAGAAACAGCAUGCUACGAGAAAUGUCAAGGAUGAAUGUAGCUGCAAUGAAUGCCACGAAGAGAAUAUUAUCGACAAGAUGUUUUACUGUAGCGCAUGUAGCUUUGAAAUUUGUGCUGUUUGUGCUUACAAAAAACAUCGUUUGCAUGAAGCCAUUCCUCUAUUCGAAAAACAGGCUAACCAAAUGUUGAUGGAACUUCAAGAAGAGUCAAGAAAUGUCAUCAAAACGUACAAGGAUUUGGUUCCUGAACUACACAAGGGACUCCUCGAGGGCAUUGACAUCUUUGAAACGAAAUUGCUUUCAAAAGAAGAAAUUCUCAAGGACACAUCAACUUUUGCCGAUUACCGGAAGAAACACGAGUCAUUUGCAAAAAUAAAAUCCACAUUCGAAUCAUAUGCUGAGGAUUACUUACCUUGUUUACGCAAAUUCGACACGGGAGUUAACCAAUUGAUUCAAACCCUCAACGAGACCGCUGAUGUC